CUCUGCCAAAAUGAUAGUCGUGGCAUCCCUGUCUGUCAAGGUUGGUUAAGUCAAAACAUGUGGUUGUGUUGUGUUUGGAGAAAUCAGUGUUGAGAAGCUUUUUAUAUAUUCUUCCUGUAAGAAGGUCAACUAAUUUGUACUGCGGUGUGUUUUUCUCAAAUAAACGGACUCUUUGCGCCAUUGAUCAUAUUAAUAGAGUUCCACCAACAAAAUGGUUGUCUAUGAUCACGUUGUGCAGGCAGAUGUAAUUUUCUUGAUUGAGGCAACUGCAGUUAAUGGGGCUUACAUUGCAGAUCUCAAGACUAACUACAUCAUACCUUCUCUGGAAUACUUUAACCAGGGCAGCAUAGAUGACAAUACCCUGUUUGCCGAGAUUUCAUACUGCUUUUAUGGCAUUGUUACCUACCAAGCUGCCGACUGUUUGCCCAGCUUGACCACUGAUAGCUUUGGACCAUUUUCCACACCCGCCAAAGUAUUGAGUGCAAUUGAAAAACUUGAGUUGAUUGGGGGCAAAGGAGAGUCGCAUGCCAACAUCGCGGAAGGUUUGGCAACUGCAUUGUGCUGCUUUGAGGAACUGCAGACCAAGCGGGAUCCGAAUACGGUUAUUCAGAAGCACUGCAUCCUGAUAUGCAAUUCUCCCCCCUACUCUAUUCCUGUUUUUGAAUGCCAGGCCUAUUCAAGCAAAAGUGCUGAAGAACUCGCGACAAUUUUGAUGGAGAAAAAUAUCAAUUUGUCCAUUAUAUCGCCAAGAAAGACAUUUCCACUGUACAAAUUAUUUGAAAAGGCUGGAGGUGAUCUGUCUUCAUCGCAGACGAAGAACUACGCAAAAGAUCCUAGACAUUUGGUACUGCUCAAAGGAUAUAGCUUAAAAGAGAGGCCAGUGAGUCCACCGACAGGCAAUGUACAGAACAACGCGUCGCAGCUCGUUCCUGGUGCCCUGCCGGUUACAUCUAUGCCCAGUCCAUUACCUGGAAACGACAGUCCCAUACAUAACACCCAGUUGGGCACCCCGCAAAACCCCAACAUGAUGGGAAAUAAUUCUCCCACAGUGGGCCAAAGCCCAGUGUACAGAUCGCCAAAUCACCCACCGCAAGGAAGGAUUAUGCAAGGCAAUCAGAUCGGAUCCAUUGGCAUGCAAGGCAUGCCAGCUCCUCCUGGCUAUCCUACUGGUGCCAGACCAGGGUGGCAAAUGCCGCCUCCGGGACAUCAGCAGCCCAGGCCGUACAUGCAAGUGAAUGCGCCCAAUCAGCAAGCCAAUCCGAGCACUGGAGGUAGUGCGUUACUGGCGCAAUUGAACCAACCACCUUCGAUGCCAACUGGCAAUGUUAAUGUUAAUCAGUUUGGUCAAAUUAAUGUGAACACGAAAAUUUUAAACCAACCAAACAUUCAGACUUCGAAGGCUCAGAAUUCCACCAUGCAAACUUCCAUGCCUCAGUCGUCCCAAAAUAGCCAAAUUCACCCGUCGCAGGCACAGGGUAGCCAGCCUCCUACCCAGCAGAUCACUAAUAGGGACCGACCUACCAUUUGGCAGGGGUUGUUGGAAUGGAACGAGAAGCCCAAGAACGCUAACGUAGAGAACCAAAAAAUCUCCAAACAGGUUCCUUGCCAAGUGACGUGCAAUACUAAAGAUGGUGAACCCGAAUUAAAGGCUGAUGCUUGGCCUCCGAAGCUAAUAAUGCAGAUAAUGCCUAAGCAACUAAUUGGAAACAUUGGAGGUUCCUACUUAAAGAAUUCCACCUCUGUGCUCUUCCACCCGACUCAGUGCGAGGCUUUAGAUUCUCUCACUCGUAUUAUGAAUUCCGGAUUUGCGGGCUGCGUGCACUUUACUAGUAAUCCAAAUCCUGCCGCCUGUGAUAUCAAAGUGCUAAUUUUGUUGUACACUGCUGAUAAAAAAGCAUAUCUGGGAUUCAUUCCGAAUGACCAGGGUGCUUUCGUGGAACGACUUCGGGCAGUUAUUCAACAGCAGAAGUCAAAUAACAUCAGAAUCGGGGCAUCUGGUCCUCCAAUGAACCCCCAAGCCGGCGGUCAAAUGCCGAUGGCAGCAGGGCAACAAAUCGGCGGCAACAAUUCGAAUACUUCUCAAAGUGCACAGCAGCAGGGGCUUAUGAUGUCUCAGACCAACACUCAUUCAAUGGGUGGUGGACAGAUUACUCAAAAUCUGGCCACUCAAGGACAAGGGCCAAAUCUUGGGCAGCCCGGAAGCGGCUUGGGUCAGCCAGGCCCAUCGCUCGGACAAGCGGGACAGUCAGGACAAUCUGCAUCCGCAAUAGGAUCUAGUGGUAGUGGAAUGGGCCAGAUAGGCGGACAACCAGGCCAGGCCCCAAUCGGUGGAAUGAUGGGACAAAGCGUGGGCCAACCAGGCCCGAAUCAGCAGCAGAAUAUGCAACAAGGCAUGAUCGGGCAACCAGUGCAACGGGGCCCAUUCGAGAACCAAUUGCAGGUGGAACGCCAGCAAAACCUGGAAAAGAUCAAUAAGCUGAAGCAAACUCUGGAGGCUGCCCAACAGCAGGAACAACAGUAUAAAACGCAAUUGGAGCGCAUCAGUCAUAUGAAGACGACGCAUCUUCAGGAGGCUCUCCAGCAGGCGCAACAUGCAGAAAUGCAAUAUAAAAUAAUGGAACAAAGAAUGGCUGCUCAAGGCAACCCACAAGUACCUCAACCCAAUAACCCUCAACAACAGCGCAUGAUUAGGCCCGUGAUGAACAAUAACCCCGGCUUAAGACAUCUUUUGCAACAGCAACCGCAAUAUAGGCAGCAAAUGAUAAAUAUGCAACAAAUGGGAAACAAUGCUAGGGGGCAAAUGGGACAACAAAUGGCCAAUUCCCAAGGCGGUCAACCCAAUCAAUUUGAUGACGUAUCCAAUUUUGAUUUUAACAUGAUGUAACUUUAGAAUAAGGACAACUUUUAUUUAGUUUUAAUAAUUUUUAUUUAAAAAAAUAUACAUCAGUGUAUAGCUAGAUUCUGUCUGUAUCUAUUUUUACUGAUUUUAGCAUUAUUUUUAAAUUGUAUAUACUUCC